AUGUCACGAGGAGCGCCGCGCGGCAGAGGUGGCUUUGGCGGAGGCGGUUUCGGCGGAGGCCGUGGAGGAGGCAGGGGCGGCGGCCGUGGCGGAUUCGGACAGCGAGACUUCGGCCCACCGGACCAGAUCCUAGAGAUGGGCAGCUUCAUCCACGCGUGCGAGGGCGAGAUGGUCUGCGAGAGCAUCAACCCCAAGGUACCACAGUUCAACGCCGCCAUCUUUCUGGAAAACAAGACCUCAGUCGGCAAGGUCGACGAGAUCCUCGGCCCCAUCAACCAGGUCUACUUCACCAUCAAGCCCAGCGAGGGUAUCCAGGCCACAUCCUUCAAGCCCGGCGACAAAUUCUUCAUCGGCAGCGAGAAGACCCUUCCUCUUGAGCGUUUCCUGCCCAAGCCCAAGCCGCCGGCGGGUGCACCGAAAGUCAAGAAGCCCAGCCGCGGUGGUGGCAGGGGAGGCGGCCGCGGAGGACCGAUCAGAGGAGGUGGCAGAGGCAGCUUCGGUGGUGGUAGAGGCGGAGGCCGCGGCGGCAGCGGCUUCGGCGGCAGAGGUGGUGGCUUUGGCGGCGGACGAGGAGGUGGAGGCCGCGGCGGCGGUGGUUUCAGCCGAGGCGGAUUUGGUGGUGACAGAGGAGGCCGAGGUCGCGGUGGUGGCUUCAGCAGGGGCGGCCGAUUCUAA